UGAGCUGGUCCGAUCAGCGGUGCUGAGGAGGACGAAGGAGCGGAGAGCUCACCAGAGUGUGACCUGUGCCGAAUUAUUGCAACUUGAUUUUGGAUAAGCUGUGAGAAGAUGGCAGGGACAGCGAGACAUGACCGUGAAAUGGCCAUGCAUGCCAAGAAGAAGUUGCAGCAAUGCACGGACCCGAUUGAGAAGCUACGUCUGCAGUGCCUCUCCCGGGGCUCAGCCGGCAUCAAAGGGCUGGGCAGGGUAUUCCGUAUCAUGGAUGAUGACAGAAGCCGGACCCUCGACUUCAAGGAGUUUGUGAAGGGUCUGAACGAUUACGGUGUUCUGCUGGAGAAGGAGGAUGUGGAAGCUGCAUUCAAACGCUUUGAUAAGGAUGCAAAUGGAAUGAUCGACUAUGAUGAGUUCCUCGUGACGUUGCGGCCUCCCAUGUCCAACGCAAGAAAAGAGAUAAUUACACAGGCCUUCCGGAAGCUGGACAAGACGGGAGAUGGUGUGAUCACCAUUGAGGACUUGCGGGGAGUGUACAAUGCAAAGCACCACCCCAAGUAUCAGAAUGGAGAAAUGACGGAGGAGCAGGUCUUCCGCAUGUUUCUGGAUAACUUUGACUCGCCCUACGAUAAGGAUGGAAUUGUGACGAUGGAGGAGUUUCUAAAUUACUACGCGGGUGUCAGUGCUUCCAUAGACACGGAUGUCUACUUCAUCAUCAUGAUGAGAAAUGCCUGGAAACUUUGACAGGCACCCGUGUGCCUGGGGGUCACCCGAUUUGAAUUUGUAAAUUACUAUUCUGGAGUGAGUGCCUCUAUCGACAAUGAUGCCUACUUUAUCCUAAUGAUGAGGUCCUGCUGGCGAAUGUGAUCGACGCUGAUGAGAUGUUACUGUUCGGGGAAGUGCAGAUUGUGAUCAGAGAUGGAUGUGUUGUGUUUCCGGCUCACUGAUGAGCUGCCUCUCUCCCCUCAUACACUGCCUGGCAGCUGCUUUCACCUCGCUCUCUGUACCCGACGGCUGGCAAUCCUGAGCUCAAUGGCUGUGUCAGGAGGCCAUGCAUCCUGGCCUGGCUGGGCUGAUAGCCCUGCACAGAGCUGUGGGACUGGCUGCUAGCUGCCUCCCUGUGACACCGGUCAGGCACUCAGUCCUGGUUUCCUCAGAUCCUCUUUAAACCUCUUUCCCUUCGUCAUAAUCUUGUGCCCUCUGGUUAUAAACACUUCUGCUAAAGGGAAGGGUUUCUCACUGUCCUCCCUAUCCAUGCCCCACACCUUGGUCAGGUCCCCCCCUCAGCCUCCUCUGGGAAAUGAUCUAACCUCUGCUCAUAAUGAACAGCUCCACCCCAGGCAACAUCCUGGUAAAAUAAAAUCGGUAACUGCUGGAGACCCUCAGUAGGUCAGGGGCAGCAGGGCUGACAUCUCAGGUCUUCAGUCAGGGUCUGCAGUUUUUUAGACUCUGAGAAUUAUCCAGCCCUUCAGCUCAGCUUGUCCGUGUCUACACUGAUCCCAUGUACCUGAACAUGAUCUGUAGCCUGUGCCUGGGUGACUCAAAUGCUCACCUAGAUCCUUCUUAAACAUUGUGAGAGCCGCCACUAUCCCCUCAGGCAGCGAGUUCCAUUCUCAGCAUCCCAGUGAAUCCAGUGCACCCUUUCCAGUGCAGUCAGCUGCUUCUUGUAGUGUGGGAACCAGAACUGUACACAGUACUCCAGCUGUGGCCUGACCAGUGUUUUAUAAAGUCAUACCAUGAUCUCCCUGCUCUUAUAAUCUGCGUCCCAACUAAUGAAAGCAAAUACCCCCUAUGUUUCUUCACCAUCUUAUCCACCUGCACUGCUACCUUGGACAGGUACACCAAGGUCCCCCUGUUCCUCAGUCCUACCAUUCAUGGUGUUUGCUCUGCCCUUACUAAGCCCCCCCUAAACCCACCACCUCACUUUUUUCAGGAUUACAUUCCUUCUGCCAUUGCUGUGCCCAUCUAACCAACCUUCCCUUCUCUUAGGGCAGGGAAAGUGAAAGAAAGUUCGACAGGGAUGUUCAAAAUCAUCUAGGCAUUGAUGAGAGUGGCUAUGAAGAAACUCAGCUGCCCAGUGAGUCAGUAACCAGACAGCAUAAAUAUACCACCAGAGAGAUCAUUAUUUUCUAUCUAACCCAUGCCAUCACAGCCCCGAAGGUGUGACAUGACAGUGUAAAGGGAGCUUCACCCUGUGUCUGACCCCGGGAGUGUGUGACGAGACAGUGCGGUGCAGAGGGAUCUUCACCCUGUGUCUGACCCCGGGAGUGUGUGACUGGGAGUGUGUGAUGGGACGGUGUAGAGGGAGCUUCACCCUGUGUCUGAUCCCGGGAGUGUGUGACGAGACAGUGCGGUGCAGAGGGAGCUUCACCCUGUGUCUGACCCCGGGAGUGUGUGACGGGACGGUGCGGAGGGAGCUUCACCCUGUGUCUGACCCUGGGAGUGUGAUGUGGUGGUGUGUAGGGAGCUUCACCCUGUGUCUGACCCCGGGACUGCGUGAUGGGACGGUGUAGAGGGAGCUUCAACCUGUGUCUGACCCCGGGAGUGUGUGACGAGACAGUGCGGUGCAGAGGGAGCUUCACCCUGUGUCUGACCCCGGGAGUGUGAUGUGGUGGUGUGGAGGGAGCUUCACUCUGUCUAACUUGUGCUGUACUUAUCUCUGUUCCCAUGGUCUCAUCUCUAGCUAGGAUCUUUGAGUCCUUGUCCACAGGGAUGGUACUGGAGAAUUGGAGGGUGGCGAAUGUUGUCCCCUUAUUCAAAAAAGGUAGUAGGGAUAAUCCAGGGAAUUACAGGCCAGUGAGCCUUAUGUCUGUGAUGGGCAAGCUGUUAGAAAGGAUUCUAAGAGAUAGGAUCUAUGAGCAUUUGGAGAAUCAUGGACUGAUGAGGGACAGCCAGCAUGGAUUUGUGAAGGGAAGAUCUUGCCUCACAAGCCUAAUUGGGUUCUUUGAGGAGGUGACCAGAAAGAUUGAUGAGGGUAGUGCAGUAGAUGUGGGCUACAUGGAUUUUAGUAAGACGUUUGACAAGGUUCCACAUGGUAGGCUUCUUCAGAACCCUAAGGCAAGGGAUUCAGGGAGGCUUGGCCGUGUGGAUUCAGAAUUGGUUUGCCUGUAGAAAGCAGAGGGUUGUGGUGGAGGGAGUGCAUUAGGAUUGGAGGGCAGUGACUAGUGGUGUCCCACAGGGAUUGGUUCUGGGACCUCUACUUUUUGUGAUAUUUAUUAAUGACUUAGAUGAGGGGGUGGAAGGCUGGGUUAGCAAGUUUGCAGAUGACACAAAGAUCGGUGGUGCUGUGGAUAGUGUGGAGGGCUGUCGAAGCUUCCAGAGGGAUAUUGAUAGGGUGCAGAGCUGGGCUGACAAGUGGCAGAUGGAGUUCAUUCCGGAGAAGUGUGAGGUGGUACACUUUGGAAGGACAAACUCCAAGGCGGAGUACAAGGUAAAUGGCAGGAUUCUGGGCAGUGUGGAGGAGCAGAGGGAUCUGGGGGUUCAUAUCCACAGAUCACUGAAAGUUGCCUCACAGGUGGAUAGGGUAGUUAAGAAAGCGUAUGGGAUGUUAGCUUUCAUAAGUCGUGGGAUUGAGUUUAAGAGCCGUGAGGUAAUGAUGCAGCUUUACAAAACGCUGGUUAGACCACACUUAGAGUACUGUGUCCAGUUCUGGUCGCCUCAUUAUAGGAUGUGGAGGCAUUGGAAAGGGUGCGGAGGAGAUUUACCAGGAUGCUGCCUGGAUUAGAGAAUAUGGAUUAUGAGGAGAGACUAAAGGAGCUAGGGUUGUUUUCAUUGGAGAGGAGGAGGAUGAGGGGAGACAUGAUAGAGGUGUACAAGAUAUUGAGAGGAAUAGAUAGAGUAGACAGCCAGCACCUCUUUCCCAGGGCACCAAUGCUCAAUACAAGAGGUCAUGGCUUUAAAGUAAUGGGUGGGAAGUUCAAGGGAGACGUCAGAGGGAGGUUUUUCACCCAGAGAGUGGUUGGUGCAUGGAAUGUGCUGCCUGGGGUGGUGGUGGAGGCUGAUACAUUGGUCAAGUUCAAGAGAUUGUUAGAUAAGCAUAUGGAGGAAUUUAAAAUAGAGGGAUAUGUGGGAGGAAGGGGUUAGAAAGUCUUGGGUGUGAUUUGAAGGUCGACACAACAUGGUGGGCCAAAGGGCCUGUAUUGUGCUGUACUGUUCUAUGGUUCUCCAUCAGAGAUACAGAAUGGAGACAGGCCCUUCAGCCCACUCUCUGUGCUGACCAUCAAUCACCCACUUAAACCAAUGUUGCAUUAAUCCCACUUUUUAAAAUUCUCCCACAUUAGCUGCUCCCAGAUCCUUCCACUCACCUACACACUAGGGACCAUUUACAACAGCCAGUUAACCUACCGACCCACCUGGCUUUGGGAUGUGGGGGGAAACCAUGCAGUCACAGGGGGAACGUGCCAACUCCACACAGUGGUUUUACCAGCUGCACCACUGUGCUGCCCGAAUCUGUCCUUGUAUAUCCAGCCAAGGCCAGAGAUUCACCUGCAGCACCUUCUCUUUUGGUGCCAACAGCAUCAGCCCUGGUCCCUCCUGCCACCCCGUCCAUGUGUACACCCAGCUGUGCUUCACUCUUGGUCCUGUCCCCGAUCACCCAUUGCUUCCUUGUCCAUGGGCUCUCAGUCAAGCAGUGCCUCCAUUUUAAUAUCCUUCCAUAGCCUGGGCCGUCCCUCACUCAUCCUGGCCUUUUGAUUUUCCCUGGUGAAUCACUCCACCAUUAGCUGCCACUCCUCAGGUGUCAAUACCUGUCUCGAACUUUCCUCCCAAAAUCGUGGAAACCUACCUGCCCUCAAUGUGUAGCAGACAGUCCAGGUUAUACUGGUCGGCUUGGAUGGAAUAGUUGUGGGAGAAGCUCACAGCACAUAAAGAUCAUAAUGAUCAAGUGCUUUCUUUCGGGACAGCAAGUUUCACUCUUGAACAGCAGGACCCAGGAGUACAAGUACAUGAUGCCCUGAAAUUCGAGUCACAGGUAGACAGGGUGGUGAAGAAGGCUUUUGGCUUGCUGGCCUUCAUCAGUCAGGGCAGUGAGUGUAGAAGUUGGGAUAUUAUGUUGUAGUUGUACAACACAUUGGUGAGGCCACAUUUGGAAUAUUCUAUUUAGUUUUGGUCGCCCUGCUAUAGGAAAGAUGCCAUUAAGCUGGAAAGAGUGCGGAGGAGAUUCACGAGGAUGUUGCCAGGACUUGAUGGACUGAGUUAUAGAGAGAGGUUGAGCAGGUUGGGACUGUUUUCAUUUGAACGUCGCAGAAUGAGGGGUCAUCUUAUAAAGGUUUAUAAAAUUAUGAGGGGCAUAGAUAGGGUGAAUGUACACAGUCUUUUUUCCCAGAGCUGGGCAAUUAAGAAUGAGACCGUCUCCUGCUCCCAAUGUUCAUAUCUAUUUGAAACAGGAGCUUGUUUUUUUUGUAAUGUGCAAAUCAUCCAACAAAGCUUUUUCCUGCACAUUUCAACCCAUUCUAUGUUGAAAUCUUUCUCCAUCGCUCCCAUGCUUUACAUUGCCAUAUCCUGCCGGACGUGGAGAGAUCUUUAAAACCUCAACCAUUCACGUGUAAUUUGGCUUCAGUGCACAAUCCAGACCAGAACCACUUUUAAAGGAUAAUUUUCCCAAUUUUGUGAUUUUUUUUUUGAGGAUGCCCCAGUGUGAUGAUAGUGCUAAACAUGGUCCCUAUCAUGGUGGUAAUUAUGGAGUGGGACAGGACUGCAUUACCUCAGCCUCUGUCACAGACCCCACCACUGCAGACACUCUGAGUCAGUCCUGUACCAUCUCUCAGUGCACCAACCUUCAAAAAGAGCUGGAGACACAAGAGACCGUAGAAGCUGGAAUCUGGAGAAAAGAGCUACCUUCCUUUGAAAAUAUUGUUUUGUAAAAAAAA